UGGUCCAAUAAACUGUUUUCUCUCAGUGUGACCCCAGCGGAAGUAAAACAAAAGGCUCCAGCAUCAGGUUCUGUGGAAUCAUCCAGAAUACGGUUGUUUUAUCGUUUCUCAGCUAAUAUUUCAGUAACCAUGUCUUCAGUUCAGCAUCUGAGAGAGUUUAUCAGAGAGAGACUAACUGCUGCUGCUGCAGAAAUCUUCUCAGAGGUUGAAAAAACCAUCAUUUGCUACGAGGAGGAGCUCGAUGCUCAGCGCAGGAUGAUGGGGAUCAACUGGAAACCAGAGAUAAAACUCAACAGAAUCGGUUCGGAGCUGCGGAGACAAAGUUCUGACCUCCAGAAUCCACAUGUGUCGGUUAAAGAGGAAGCUGCUACCGUCCAACAGGCCUGUGGCCAGGAGAGGAGGUCCAGUCAUGAUGAGGACGAAGCCGAAUGUCAGUGGACUGAAGAGGAACGGGUGGAACCAGAACCUCCACUGACUGAAGAACAUUGGGAACCAGGAUCUCUAUGGAUUAAAGAGGAAGAGGAGGAGGCACAGUCUCCGGUGUUUAAUUUUGAAGAGCAGGAACCAGAACCUUUACCGACCAGGCAGAACCAGAAGCAGUUUGCUGCUUUGAUGGAGACUUUCACACUUCAGAGACGGGAUCUGAGUGAAGGACCAAGAACUGAGCAUCCUUCCUUUCACAUCUCUGCUGAAGCCGAGAGCAAAGAUCAGGAAGGAAGCAGCUCCACCGUGUCAGAGGGUCAGUCCCACACCGACUCCAGGAAAGGGCCUGUCAGCUGUGGGGUGUGUGGGAGAUUACUGAAGAAUAAAUAUGACUUAAAACAGCAUUACAUGACCCACACUGGAGAAAAGCCUUUUACUUGUGAAACUUGCAGUAAAAGUUUUGCUAGACGUUCUCAAUUAAAUGUUCACUAUAGAACCCACACCGGUGAAAGGCCUUUUACUUGUCCAAUAUGCAAGAAAAGUUUCUUUCAAAUUGGUCAUUUAAAUGCCCACAAGAACAUUCAUACAGGUGUGAGGCCCUUUUCCUGUGAAACAUGUGGGAAGAGUUUUACUAGACGUUAUCUAUUAAACAUGCACCGGAGAAGCCACACAGGUGAGAGGCCUUUCUCCUGGGAGAGCUUUGUGAAAAGCUUCUAGAAUAAAACAUGUUUAGAUCGGCAUGGGAAAGUCACACAGCUUUUCCUGUAUAAGUUUGGAGUAAACAUGUUUUCACUCAAUCCAAACAUCUCUCUAAAUGAAAUGUGCACCAGAAAACCCACAGAGGUGGAAGAAGCUUAUUUGAUGAUUGUAGAAACAAAAACACAAACAUGAGAAGUCGCAUCAGACUGACUCACUGUGAGAAAUAUUUAAACUUUUCUUGGUAGUUUUUAAAGUGUAUUAGAAAAUAAAGUUACUGAUUGUGUUGAAACUAGAAAUGAAGGUGAGACGUUCUUUAGACACGAUGUGAACCUCUGGACACCAGCAGCUCUGACCUGAUGGACAAACACAUUUUCAUGCCAUCAGAUGGGAUCAAAACUCUUGGCACAUGCUUCAUAGAUGCAGCCCAGCAUGGUGGUGGAGGGCUGGUGAUGUGGGCUCGUCUUACUCUUCAGAGUAUCAAAGUCUUUGAGACCAAAUGUGGGUCCAUCUGUCCAGCAGCUGAAGUUUAGUCCAGAUCUACAACAGGAAGAACCAAACUAAUGACUUGUAGAGUUGGAGUGGCCUAAUCAAAGGCUGGACUUCAACCUUAUUAUAUCCUGAUGUGCAGAGAGCUGUGCAGAAAUGGAUGUUUGUAAACUUAAAUUAUCUACAUUGUGGUUGUUGAGAAGACUGAGGAGAAAUUUCUCCACACCAACAUCUUAAAUUUACUUUUUGUUGAAAUCCUCAAACUGAAGUUUAAAUUCAUAACUUUAAAACUUCCAGUUUUAAAGUUCAUAAACUACUGAUGGUUGUUGUUGACAACGUUUUUCAUUCGAUUUUUCAAUGUUUUUCUUAAGAACUUUUCAGUUUGAUAAAUAUAUUUUAUACUUUUACUGUGAAAACCAAAAUGUCUGAAUAUUUUAGCAGUUUUUCACUUUGUUUUGAAUAAGAAACACAUUUGGUUUAAUAAUGUUGAACUUAAACACAGGAAUUAAAUUUGCUUUGUAAUUGUUGCUGCUGUGGUUUUUACAGGACGGUAGACUGAAGGAUGUUUGUAGUUUAACAGCUGAACAGUCGGAGCUGCAGCCUGAAACAUGUUCAUGUAGAAAACCGUUUAAACUUACAGCUAUAAGAUGAAGUUAAAGUAUAUGUGCUGAUUCACACAUCGAGUUGAAAUAGUUCUACGGUUUGGAUUUCUUCUAGUUUGUGCUGCGAUAUGAUGUUGGUUUUAAAUAAAGCCUCUGCUGUUCACCUGAA